UUUUAGUUCCAAUAACACAGUCAGUCUUGGAUAAACUUUGUGGAUUAUUUUAGUUAUCUUCUGAUAAAAUUAUUUUGAUUUUAUCAGUAUGAAUGAUUUCUAUUUUAUUCAAUCUAUUUUUCAUAAAUUCAUGGAGUAAAUCCAAAAUAUAGGAUUGGACAUCAAUCUGAUUUUAGUGAAAACGAAUGCGAAAGCUCCCAACGAAAUUCAUUAUACCUGUAUACCAUAACCGUAGACGUCGGUCUGUGUGUGACAGUAAACAUGGCAGACGUACCUUUAGACGUCGAUCAUCUUAUCCAAAGGCUUUUAGAAGUUCGAGGAUGUCGUCCGGGCAAGUCAGUGACGAUGCACGAGUCAGAGGUGAGAGGUCUGUGUCUCAAGUCACGAGAAAUAUUCCUCCAGCAGCCGAUUCUAUUGGAACUUGAGGCACCACUUAAAAUCUGUGGUGACAUCCACGGGCAGUACACAGAUUUGUUGCGGCUGUUCGAGUACGGCGGCUUCCCUCCCGAGGCCAACUAUCUGUUCCUCGGUGACUACGUGGAUCGGGGCAAGCAGUCGUUGGAGACCAUCUGCCUUCUGCUCGCUUACAAAAUCAAAUACCCCGAAAACUUCUUCCUGCUCAGAGGAAAUCAUGAGUGCGCCAGCAUCAACAGGAUAUAUGGAUUCUACGACGAAUGCAAACGCCGAUUCAGUAUCAAGAUCUGGAAGACAUUCACCGAUUGCUUCAACUGCCUGCCGAUCGCGGCCAUCAUCGACGAGAAGAUCUUCUGCUGUCACGGCGGCCUCAGCCCUGACCUACAGAGUAUGGAACAAAUCAGACGUAUCAUGAGACCCACCGACGUUCCUGAUACAGGACUUCUGUGCGACCUGCUGUGGUCGGAUCCGGACAAGGAGACGCAGACAUGGGGCGAGAAUGACCGAGGCGUGUCGUUUGUGUUCGGAGCCGAUGUGGUCGCCCGAUUCCUCAGUAGGCACGAUCUCGAUCUCAUCUGCAGAGCACAUCAGGUUGUAGAGGAUGGUUACGAGUUCUUUGCAAAGCGGCAAUUGGUUACGUUAUUCUCAGCUCCAAAUUACUGUGGCGAAUUCGAUAAUGCUGGAGGCAUGAUGUCUGUCGAUGAAACCCUUAUGUGCUCAUUCCAGAUUUUAAAACCAUCAGAAAAGAAGGCGAAGUUCCAAUAUUCAGGAAUGAACUCUGGUCGUCCAUCUACGCCCCAGCGUAAUCCCACUAAAAAGAAAUAAAACUCAAAGGGAGGUCGCUGUUCCUGUUUUUAACAUGAAGAAAAAGGAAAAAUUGUUUUUCAUAUCAUCAUCUCUCCAUUAUCAUAACCAUUGCAGUCACCAAUCACAUGCAUUGUGGCCCGUAGUUAACUGAUUGUGUAUGAAAGGUCUCUAUCGAAUGAGUGCUUUCAAAUUCACUAGACUUUUCUUCAAAUUGAAUAAAUAAUUUUAAUCCAAAAAGAAAAGUACUAAAAACACUAGAUAGUUCAUUUCAAUGCUCUGCAUACUUAUACGUUAAUAAGUCUGUUCUCUCGUUUUAUUUUCUAGAUAGUUCAUAUUUUCAAUGCUGUGCAUACUUAUACCUCAAUAAGUCUGUUCUCUUGUUUUAUUUUCUAUGUUUUAUAUUGUUAUUAUUGCAAUUGUUCAAAAAUUAAUGGAAUUGAUAAUUCAACUUUUCGCGUUAUUAUUUGUCAGUUUCAAUUGAUUCUCUAUUGUUAUGAAGCACAUAAGCGCGGGAACCCAAGUGGUUAGGUAUUGUAUCGACAGAAACGUGUUAAUAAACAAAACAGCUGACCUGGGAUUACUGUUGAAUAAAAUAUAAUUAAUUAUUAAUAGGUGAAACCCAAUUUAUGGACCCUGAUGAUGAUGAUAAUGUCAAUAUUAUUAAGGUCAUGAAUAACUAUCGAAUGAUUAGGUAAGAAUAUUCUUGUUAAUAAAAAUAGAAUGGAAAACAAUUCAAAGGAACAGCAAAGCAUUAGGUUAUAUAUUUAAUUCAUAUUUUAACUUGUUGAUCGAUACACAUCAUUUCUCUAGUUACAAUAAUAGUUGUUUACAUUCACUUCUUGAUAUAAAAUCUAUGUUUUGUUGUCAAUAUAUACCAAUAUUUUAUCAAUAUCUCUUACCUUUUAUCAUGACCUAUGAUACCAAAGGUCCUAUGAUGUAAAUCCUAUUACGUUACUUGAUAAUUGAUAUUGGUUUGAAUAUUUCCAUAAUUUCAAAUUUACAUCUAUUUCCAAUAUAAAACAAUAUUAUUUCCUAUUAUCCUGCUUCAGAUUUCUUGUUAUAAAGUCAGUUUGUCACAGCUAUUAUUGAUUUCAUUGUAAAUUGAAGCACCAUUGCUUUUCACAUAUAAUUCUCCUUUUAAAUUUAUUACAUACUAUUUAAUAGGAUUUUUGUCGAUUCUAAUGUAAUGAUCGUGAAAUAUCAGAAAUUUCAAGCACUCAGAAUGUGAAGUUAACACUGACAGGAAUUUGUUCAUUCUUCCAUUUCUAGUCACUGAGAAUUGGGAAAAUAACAUUUCUAUAAUCUAUUGUAAAUGUAGUUAUGUGAAAAGCAUAGGAUAUUUUUGAAUUAGGUGAAUCAUGAAUUUAAUCUCAAAAACACGUCGAUCUUUAACUGUUUUAAUGGUUGACUCUUGGAAUUGGCUGCAACUAGACUUCUGCUAUUUUUAUUGUUUCAAAAUUAUAGAAAAUCAAUCAACCUGAUUAUUAAAUAAUCUAAAAACUCCAAACAAUAAAAAAUGAUGAAUUCUGUAAUCGAGACAAUGUUGUUUUGGAAAUUUGAACAAGUAAAUCGAAAGAAAUUUAUCUUUAAUUAACAAAAAUUAUUAAACUCAAUGACUAGAAUAUUGAACAUAGAUAUUUGAUUUUAUAUUUUUCAAAUUUCUUUACAUUCAACAUUUCCAUCAUGAGAAGGGUUCAAGUUUUUUAAACUAUGAUAAUCAUUGCUUCACUUAAUUUAAAGACUUAUUUGGGAAAAAUGAUUGUUAUAUUAUCAAUUAAUAACUUACGAAUAAGAUGAAAAUUAAUUGCAAUAAAAAUUACUGUACUCAUCAAUUUCAAAUCUAUUAGGACAUUAGACAAGUACAAACGAUAUAGACUACUAAGAAAAUACUAAGUAUUGAAAAAGCAUUAGAGAAACAUAUUUUUUAUAUGUUAUCCUUGAAGUAAUUAAUCUUUCUACAUUAUUGAGUCCUGAAUUCACAAUGUUGAAUUAACUAUGCUGUUGAUGGGUUAACUAGGUUUCUAUGACCCAAUAAUUUGUAAUUUCAUUCAUUAUUUUUAAGAUUUUUGAAUAUGUGACGUAUUUAUCUGGGAGUGUUUGAAGUAUUUCUGCUAAAUUUGUUUCUAUGGCUGUGUUAAACACUUCCUGACAUAAAUUUCCUCUUACAUGAGUGAAGAUGUUCUUGUUUCAUUUUUUGCGAGCUUCAAUCAAUUCACAACUAGUAACUUGUUAAAAUUCGCUGUUAGUAUUGUAUGUCUGAAUGUCAAUUUGUUAAUAUCUAUCAGCAAUACAGGUGAGCUUUUGUUAUUUCUUUUCAUCAUUAUUGAAGGUUUAUCGACGAAAACGUUAGUUUCAUGUUUCUAAAAAGUAUUACGUUUGUAAUUUGCAUACAGCGAUUAUAUCAUUCUUUACAAAUUUCAAACGAUCUCAGUUUGUCUUACUUAAUAAAAAUGCACCAAUGUUGGACUAUAUACUAAUCACCAUAGUUAAUGUCGUUGAAAUUUGUCAAAAUCUAUUGAAAAAAGAAACGUUAAUGUCCUGUCCUUCAAAAUAUUGUAUAGUUGUAAUUAUUAUUUUUUAACAAUUGUAUUUGUAACGUUAAUUUAAUAAAUUCCCUGUAAUUUAA